UUGAAAAACUAAAAAAAAAAACGAAAUAUAUUUAUUCAUCACAAAAAUAAAAUGCCAGGACCACCACCACCUCCCCCACCACCACCACCACCUUCAGCUUCCGCUCCUCCACCUCCCCCAGCUGGCAGAAAUGCUUUGCUUGAUGAUAUUCAGAAAGGAAAAAGGUUGAAAAAGACUGUUACAAACGAUCGUUCUGCACCUGUUGUAGAGGGGAAAAAAACGUCGGUUAGUUCUACAGGUGGCGGUCGAGCUCGUUCGUCUAGUGCGUCGGGAGGAUCUAACAAUGUUACUGCCGCUGUCCCUGGUAUGGGUGGUUUAUUUGUAGGUGGCAUGCCGAAAUUGAAGAGUCGUGGCGGUAUUGAUACUGGAAGAGAAAAGAAUAAUAAUCUAGCAGCACCGCCCCCCUUACCAGGUGGCCGUCCAAGAGCUCCAAGCGAUGGAAAUCAAACAUCUUCUGCGGUUUCUAUACCACAGUCAAAAGUUGAAGCUCCCCAAUAUCCAUCAAGAAAUACAAUGCCAAAAAGUAUUGGUAAAACUAUAAGUCCAGAAACACCACCGCCACCUCUACCAAACCGAACAACGCCUAAUGUACCACCAUUGCCUUCACGCACAAAGACGAGCGCAGUGCCACCACAAAUACCAACCCGUACACAGACGUCUAAUACAACUUCUUCAGCUCCUCCUUUGCCUUCACGGAAUUCCAAGGCACUACCACCGACAAAUAAAAAGGCUCCCCCUCCACCACCAAAUAAACCAUCAUCACUUUCAAAUAAAGUAGCUCCUCCCCCUCCGGUUCGACCUUCAUCUACUGUACAACGAUCACAAUCGCCUCCACCUCAACCACUUCGUUCUCGUUCUCCGAAUCCGGGUAAACUAAGACCUGCUUCCUCGGCAGUAUUACCCAACGUUGAAAUGAAUCACAGGGCACUUAGUCCAUCAAGAUCUAUAUCCACAUCUUUUACACCGAAAGAGCCACCAACUACAGAGGGACGUUGGGCGUUUCGUCCAUCAUCCGAUUUCCCACCUCCACGACCUUUUACAAAAUCAACUAGAGAAUAUCCUUCCGGAGCUUCUAAUGGAAGUUCGAUUCCUCUAGAUUUAUCAUCAUUAACUCCGCAGCGUGCACCUCCUCCUCCACCACUUGGAGCAUUUGGAGGAGGAAGAGUUAACGGGAGGCGGUGAAAAUUGAGUUACUUAUAAUAAAUUAUUAAAUUAUUUUGGACAAUUAUUUUCUUAAUUUAUACCAGAUUUAUUCAGUACAUUAAAUUGAAUAAGAUAGAGGUUGAUUUUGGAGAGGGAAAAUAUUGAGUUUGCGCGUUAGAGUAAUUAGUGUGUGAACUUUAAAUUCAUAUCAAGAUGAAUGAUUUUAUAUUAAAAAAGAGAUGAUAAUUUAAAAAGCCAAUCUAUGGAAUAUAUAAUUAUUCAGUAUUUUGAGCACUAGUGGAUAUCUAUUUACUUUUCGUAUUCUUAUUAAUGUUGGCCUUUCUAUCUUUAUAUCAAAGAAAUAAUAGUCAUUAUCAUUAUUGAUUUCAUUUAUACUUUGUUGCAUAUAUUUUACAAAAUACUCAGAUUUUUGUAUUAUACCUCAAACAAAAAAAAACAAUAAAUAAAUAAAUACAUA